GUAAUUCUUUAUAGAAGGAGACAGACGCAAUGUUACGGUUAUCGAGGCUCUCGCAUGUCUGCAACAGGCGCCUCUUCUCGUCCUCCGCCCGUCGGCCCCUCAUGGACCUGACGGGCUUCUCUGAGAACCAACUGAUGGUCCGCGACGCCAUCUCAGGCAUCUGCGCCGGCUUUCCAAAUACCUACUGGCAGGAAUGCGACCAGCUCGAGCGCGACCCGAAAGAAUUUCACGCGGCGCUUGCAAAGGCUGGGUGGUUGGGAAUCGCCCUGCCAGAGGAGCACGGGGGCGCGGGACUCGGCAUCUCUGAAGCGACGAUUAUGAUGCAGACAAUCACGCAGUCCGGCGCUGGAAUGGCCGGUGCGCAGUCCAUCCACGCAAACGUGUACGCAACGCAACCGCUCGCGAAAUUCGGCAACGAACAACAGCUCACCGAGACGAUCCCGAACAUUAUCAAUGGCAAAUGGCGAACGUGUUUUGGUGUUACUGAGCCAAAUACCGGGCUUGAGACACUGGCAUUACAGACGCGGGCCGAGCUCAACAGCACCGGGACGCACUACUCCAUCACCGGCCAGAAGAUCUGGAUCACAUGCGCACAGGUAGCGAGGAAGAUGAUCCUGCUGGCGCGGACAAAACCAAGAGAAGAGGUUUCCAAGCCGACGCAGGGGUUGAGCAUGUUCUGCAUCGACAUUGACAAGAACGAGCCCGGACUGGAGCUGAAGAAGAUCAAGAAAAUGGGCGGUCGUGCUGUGGAUGCGAACGAGGUCUUCUUUGACAAGUACCAAGUCCCUGCUUCGACGCUCAUCGGCCGCGAAAACGAGGGUUUCCGGAUGAUCCUACACGGUAUGAAUGCCGAGCGAUGUCUUCUCGCCGGCGAAGCUCUUGGAUUGGGGUAUGUCGCUCUCGAACGAGCGGCGGAGUACGCGAACACCCGGCAUGUGUUUGGCCGCGCCAUCGGCAAAAACCAGGCCAUCGCGCAUCCGCUUGCUGAUGUCUACAUGAAACUCGAGGCGGCAAAGCUGGCCACAUACCACGCGGCCAGGUUGUAUGAUGCCUCGCGGACAGAUGAGUCCAUCCCCGCGCAUAGUGUUGGAGUGGCGGCGAACAGCGCAAAAUACCUUGCUGCGGAGGCAGCCUUUACGGCGUGUGAGAGGGCGGUCUUAACGCAUGGAGGCAUGGGCUAUGCAAUGGAGUACGACGUUGAGCGAUGGCUGAGAGAGUGCCUAGUUCCCAGGAUCGCGCCGGUCAGUCGUGAGAUGAUCCUGAACUACGUAUUGUCCUGCAACUCGGCCAGAACUUCUCAGUGCCAUCUUUAA